ACAACCCAGCCCAAAGCCGUGCGAGUCCAACCUCAUCUCCUCGUCACCAUCAGUCGUCUGUUCGCCACCGCACUCAGACAACCUCCGGCCUCCGCCUCCGAUGGCGCCCAUGGCCAUCUCCACCCCUCUCGCCGUCCGCGCCUCCCCCUCCCGCCUACUCUCGCACAGGCGGAGUGGAAGCAGUGCCUGCCCAGGCCUACGAGGACUGCAUGUUGUAACACCUGGUGUUUCUGCACAGUUCAGUGAGAGGAUACAAUGUCAAUCUUAUCUGAGGCAAAAUACAAUUGUGGCAUCACAGAGUGAAAAUCCACCUUUAAUGCCUGCUAUCAUGACUCCUGGUGGCCCUCUUGAUCUGGCAACGGUACUGUUGGGAAAUCGUAUAAUCUUCAUUGGUCAAUAUAUUAACUCACAAGUGGCACAGCGUGUAAUAUCACAGCUUGUCACACUUUCUGCUAUUGAUGAAGAGGGUGAUAUUCUGAUAUAUCUUAACUGUCCUGGCGGAAGUCUCUAUUCCAUCUUAGCAAUUUAUGAUUGCAUGUCCUGGAUCAAACCGAAAGUUGGGACAGUGUGCUUUGGUGUUGUUGCUAGCCAAGCAGCGAUCAUUCUCGCUGGCGGUGAGAAGGGCAUGCGCUAUGCGAUGCCUAAUGCUAGAGUAAUGAUUCAUCAACCUCAAGGUGGAUCAGAGGGUAACACGGAAGAGGUGAGGCGACAAGUUGGGGAAACGGUUUAUGCUCGAGAUAAAGUUGACAAAAUGUUUGCUGCUUUCACGGGGCAACCCGUGGAUAUGGUGCAACAGUGGACAGAGAGGGAUCGCUUCAUGUCUGCCUCCGAGGCCAUGGAUUUCGGACUACUCGACGCACUGCUGGAAACAAGAUUGUAGGCGAACCCCACAGCAAAUUGGAGCUCAAGUUAGAUACGUACAUGGUUGCCAAUUUCGUAGGGAUGGCUAGAAAAUGGGAUGUCAUUCGCCUCCUGUGGAUUUUGUUGCGGCUGCGAGCGAGUCGUCGUAACGCCAGCUCAAUGGUGCUGAUUAUGCUUGCGCCGCUAGUGUCAGCUAAGGAGAGUGUUCAGUGUAGACCUAGACAGUCCUUCAGGGUGUAGACCAAGGAGGGCAUUAUGACACGGCGAUCGCAAAGGAAGGCAGCAUGUGCCGUGCAGAACAAUUUAUGUAUGUUGUAUGAUGCUUUGCUGAUUUCUGAGCUGUUGCUCGGUGAGAAAUGUUGUGCCAGAUCGUUGAGAGUGUCUUUAUGUUUAGCCCGGCUUUAUAUGUGCUGUUGACUUA